AUGACAGCAGACGGUUCAAAGUACUACUAUAUUGGUGUCGAUGUGGGCACAGGCUCAGCUAGAGCAGCUCUCGUCGACGAUGAUGGUAACAUCUUCGCCGAGUCCACCCAUGCCACACAGACAUACCGACUCGAAUCCGACUCGCGCAUCUUCGAACAGUCAACCACCGAUAUCUGGUCACAGAUCAAGCUUGCAAUCACCCAAGUCGUAGCGGCAUCCACAGUAGACCCAUCCCACAUCAAAGGUCUAGGCUUCGACGCCACAUGCUCUCUUGCGGUCACCGACUUCGAUGGCAACCCUAUCGCAGUUACGCCUCAAGCCUCUGGGGCAAGCAAGAGCGAAUGGGGUCCGGGUGAACGAAAUGUGAUCCUAUGGGCCGACCAUCGUGCAGAGGACGAAGCAGCGCUCAUCAACGCUACCGGCUCCAAGGUGCUCAACUACGUCGGCAAGACCAUGUCGCUCGAGAUGGAGAUUCCAAAGAUCUUGUGGUUGAAGAAACACAUGCCAGGAGAGCUGUUCAAGCAAUGUAUGUUCUUUGAUCUACCCGACUACCUAACAUACAAGGCGACAAACUCCUUGGCAAGAAGCAACUGCUCGUUGGUCUGCAAGUGUUCGUACAUUCCUCCUGGUGUAGAUGGGUCCGAGUUGGGAUGGCAGCCUGAGUUUUUCGACCAAAUCGGAUUGGGCGAGUUGGUGAAGGACGACUUCAAGCAGCUCGGAGGUGUGCCAGGUCGCAACGGUAUCGUGCUUACUGCUGGUCAGCCCGUCGGUGACGGACUCACAGCAGAAGUCGCCGCGGAGCUCGGCUUGCUUCCAGGCACGGCAGUGGGCUCAGCCCUGAUUGACGCCUACGCAGGCUGGGUUGGCACCGUUGCUGCCCCCACCAACCCUGUCAGCGAGGAGAAUAACCACCCAUCCCUCAUCAGCUCGCAGAACCGUCUCGCGGCCAUUGCAGGCACUAGCACAUGCUACUGCGUCCAAUCACCUGAUGGCAUACUCGUCGACGGUGUUUGGGGCCCUUACAAGCAUGCUGUGUUCCCUGGUCUUUGGAUGAACGAGGGUGGCCAAUCCUCCACAGGCCAACUCAUCGAUUUCAUCAUCGACACCCACCCUGCUUCUCCCCAUCUCCGCACGCUUGCCUCGGAAACCAACCAAUCCCCCUUCAACGUACUACACAACAAGAUUGACUCUCUCGCAGCCGAUGCUUCUGCCCCUCACGCGUCGUACCUCACCACGGAUCUCUUCAUCUACCCCGACUUCCACGGCAAUCGUUCCCCACUCGCCGACUCGACCAUGCGAGGUAUGGUCACUGGUCUGAAACUCGAUCGCAGUCUCAACGAUCUCGCACUCAAGUACUACGCUACGCUCGAAGCCAUCGCUCUGCAGACUCGACACAUUGUGGAGGAGAUGAACGCGAAGGGCCACAAGAUCGACUCGAUCUACAUGAGCGGUGGGCACGCCAAGAACCCCGUUUUCAUGCAGUUGAUCGCGGAUGUGUGUAAGAUGCCUGUUCAAUUGCCGUUCAGUUCGUCAGCUAGUGUCGUUGCUGGGUCAGCGAUCUUGGGUAGGUUUGCGGCUGAUGUCAAGGACCCACAGGGUAGUGGAGCUAGUGGUGACUGGGCACCGAAGGAAGCGACGGAGAUCAAGGAUCAGAAGAAGGCAGAGGAGAGCUCGUUCAAGUACAAGGAUCAUCUUUGGGAUUUGAUGGUAAGAAUGACCAAGCCGGGGACCCCGGUGUUCCAGCAGAAAGAUGAGAAGCUGACAAAGUUGUUGGACGUCAAGUACAAGAUCUUCCGAGAUUCGAUCCUGAUCCAGCGGAAGUGGAAGUCGAUGAUCUCAGAGGUCACCAACUGA